AUGUCCUCCGGCAUCCCUCUUGCGGUCUGCGGCCGCCACGCAGAUAUUGCGAAAGCCGUCGGCGAGAAACUGUCGCCAGAAUACGAUAUUGUCCACGUGUGCCUCACGCACGAGGCUGCGCUUCAAGAACUUCCGGCCAUCCUUCGCGGCGACCUUGUGGGACCGUCAUCGGGCAUCGGCACGAACGCUGAGCGGGACGCCGCUGAACGGAUAGCCCCUACGGCUGUGUUGAUGGGUGGCGGCGUUACGAUGGAAGAGUUUCAAGAGUUGAAGGAGAAGGCCGGUGGGAAUGAAGAUGUGAAAUGGUUCAAGCUCACCAUGGAGAGGCUCAAGGAGCUGGGAGGUCCCAGCCCGGACAUAAUCGUGACAGUAUGGAGGGAGAUUCUAAAAGAUGCUGGGUUGUAG